UUCCAAAAAUGUGUGCUAAGUCAUAACAAAUUAAUAAACAUAAUGCCUAUGAGCAUUAAUUAAAAAUAGUUUCGUAACACGAUUCUUCUUUAGUAAUUUUUGUGAUAUAAUAGUUCUGUAUUUUAUUUUAUUUAGAAAUGGGACACCACUUUGAAAAAGAAUGAAAUAAAAUAGACUAGGCCUAGACCUAAAAAUCUCUUGUUUUACUUAUAUUAAUCCACUAGGGGGCGAGAGUGUCGGAGAGAAAAUAUGGCCACUGAGAUACUACGGCAUAAGAUGUAGCCUUGUUUUAUUUUCAGAGCAAUUUUUCACUUAAAGUUAUGAUAAUCUUCUUAUGAUGCGAUAUGUAUAAGCGUAAAAAAGACAGGGGACUAAAGAACAAUGGAUUUUGUUGACUUGGAUAAAGUUUUAGAUGAAUUUGAAGAAGAAGAAAAACAAGCACUCUCUAUAAUACCUGGCCAGGAACUUAAGCCGAGUGGAUACACAGAAUUCUUAGAAAAGCACCAGAACCAAGACUGGAGCUCUCUGAAUCCAAGCAAAUUCCCUUCCUACAGUGGCUACACACUUGAGCGUAGAUCAGUGAGAGAGCCAGUGAAUGUACCCUAUGAUGACCCGUAUGACAACUUCUCUGGCUCUAAGCUGGGUCUUAUAACAGAUGACAACUACUCCUUCAAUGGGUAUGAACGGAAAGAUGAAGGCAGAAAGAGGAAUAAUCAAAGUGAGAUUGUUACAAACCUAACCAGAAUAUCAGUGAAUGGGGAUAAGGUUAAUACCGUUUACUCCUCCACUAACUCUUAUGACCGUAAAGGCAUAGCCAAUAGCACUGAGCGCAAGGGAACUAUUGCUUACCAGCCAAUCGAGGUUCAGACUGAUGCCCUGUCUCCUGCUAGUGAACAUGAAUUGAUGUCCUCUCCCUUUCCCAAGUCAGAUAUCAUAGUAGAUGGGCAUGGUGAUACAUCUGUUUCUUGUGAUACAAAGGUGUUUGGUGAAACUGAUCAAAACCACAGCCCAAUCUAUGCAAGCAUGGAUGCUGAUAAUUUAGUCCCAGACACCCAGUCUUCCCAACAUUCUCCUAUGGAUAACAAUCAACAGUUGUCAAAAUCUCACGCAGAUGAUUGCUCACCUGGUAUUGCUGUGACUGGUCUCAUGUCUGAUCAAAACACAUUCAGUUUAAACACAGGUAACACGGGCACGCAGGUAUCAGCAGUGGAAGAAACCGUUGGGUUUCACGACACUGUUGAUGAAGACAUAGAUGACAGUGAGGUGAAUAUGUACCUUAAUAACUUCGAUGAUGGGCUGGUAAGUAAUUUUAACACUUCAAAAGACUACAUGACAUCCACAGUUGAAACUAACUACAGCUCUUCACAUGUACCAGACAUACAUAUUGACCACAAUACACAUAAAGUUAAUGAAAAUAGAAGUCUUGCUGAUGAGCUGAAUGAAGCAGAACCUGAAGUAGACCAUUACUCUGUGGUCCAUGAUGGUUCUCAGCCUAAAAAAUUAUGCUCCGGUAGUGAAAUCUCUGAAGCUGGUGUCUGCCACCAUCAAGACCCUGACAUUGUUGCUGACAUUGCGGCCCACACAACACAGGACAUUCUCCCCACACACAGUGGUGUAUCUGAAUCCUCUGAUGCCAUUAGACAGAGAGUUUAUAAUUCUGUUAUGAAUGGUAGAAUGGAAAUUGAAGGUAUUCUUCAGGAUAAGGAACAAACAAUUAUAGGGGAGAAUUUGAUGAGAGGGAAGAUGGAAAUUGAAGGCAUUUUAGAACAGAUAGAGACUGGAAAACAUGUUUUACGUGAAUCUGAUAAACCUGUGUUUGUUGGUGGUCACAACCAGCCUGAUGUGACCCAGAGGUCAGAUACUGGGGCCUGGGUCAACACCAACGACCCCAGCUCACUCAGCCCAGGUCACACAUCAAGCGGUGUGACGAACAGUUUGGGGAUGAACAUGGGUGUUGGGGCGAGGCCCAAAGAUCCAUCGGCGAUAAAGAAGAAUCGGCCCAACAGUUUGCUGGGGCUGUCAAAGGUCAACCUUGAUUUCCCUGCGACUGAGAGCGUCGUGGAGGCUGCAGUUGAUGAACCAGGUCACCCAGCAGGAAGUGAGAAACCCUCACACUUCCCAGAUGUGACCAUGCAGCCUGGUCAAGCUUUGACUAGUGACAGCGCUGUGCUUAGAGACGCCAGAGCCCAUACAACCAGCGAGACUGUCCCAAUUAUACAUGAUUACUCACCAUCUCACAUGGGAUCAGACCAAGAUAUUUCCUCCACUUCCCCUCCAGACCAUCAAAACUCUCAGAAAACAAAAAGGCCAACAUCUCUGAGUAUCCGCAGACCUGAAUUCAGCAUUGAACAAAGUGAAGGAGAAAAUAUAGAGCAUGAAGUUUGUUCAGAUGAGCCAUCACCUGGAAGUGCUGAUCACCCAGAAAUGAAUUUACCUGACCAAACUGAAGUGAACUUACCUGAAGAGGAAACAGCAUCAGAACAAAGUUUAGAAUCUUACCCAGGGUCCACUCUGAUGCCUCAAUCAGUGUCAAUGUCCAACAGUUUAGGUUCAGCUGCUCCAUUCUGGAUACCUGAUGCUGAUGCCUCAGAGUGUAUGAUGUGCAGACUCAAAUUUACUAUAUGGAAAAGAAGACAUCAUUGUCGUGCCUGUGGGAAGGUAUUCUGUUCCAACUGCUGUAGUCAAAAAGCAUUGCUACCUUACAUGGAGAACAAAGAAGCUAGAGUUUGCCUAGAGUGUCAUAUACAACUUAGCUUAGCCCCUGGCACAGCUGCCAAUCCACGUUGUCCCAACCCAAACAAUCCCAAUGAGUACUGCUCUAAGGUUCCACCCAAUCAGCAGGCCAGCAACCAUGCCAUUCCACCAGUUGUCAUGGUGCCAACAGGCGUUUUAAAGCCAUCAGGAAGUCAGCGGCGGUCAGGUGAACCAAAACAGGUGAUGUUUUCUGAUGGCAUAAGACCAGGUGGUGAUUUGACAGAGUUGGACGGCCCUGAACAGACAAGGCCUCAGCGCAGAUCUGCUCGUGCUGCUAGAAGGGGACCCCCACAGCACCAAGGUUCUCCACCUGCCCGUAAAAUCAAAGAUGAGAGCAUUUCUAGAAGUCCUUGUUUAAUACCUGAUGAUGGAUUCCCCCCCUUGUAUAUUAUCCAGGGUGAUUCAGGUUAUAUUGAAAGGGAUGAUGCUUUAAAUCAGAUAAACUACACUGAGGAUUAUAAAGCGGAAGGUGGACCAUUGAUAUAUUAUGCUGUCAACAAAAAUCUUGCCGUUGGUAUCAAAGUUAUAAACAUGGAUUGUUGUGUGAAUAGGCUGUGUUGGUAUUUUGUUACAAGAGGAAUGAACACAGCUGGUCAGAGUGAGCUGGUGAUUCUGCUUGAGUUGACAGAGGAAGAAAUGGAAAGCACCAAUCUUCUGCCACCAAGAGAUAUGUUUAUUCACUUCCAAAAUGUGUAUGAGGAAGCAUUAAAAGGUUAUCCCAUACAGGAUAUGGGUUACUCUAUUUUCCACCAGAAUUUUCUCGGAAAUCGUGAUCAUGGUGGAUUUUUGUAUAUGCGUCCAACGUUUCAGUGCUUGAAUAAGCUACCAUUGCCAGAGGCACCCUACUUGUUUGGCAUUCUUUUGCAGAAAUGGGAAGUACCUUGGGCAAAAGUAUUUCCUAUCAGACUCCUGCUACGGCUGGGAGCAGAGUACAGAUAUUAUCCCUGUCCACUUGUUGGUGUCCGCAACAGAAAACCUGUUUUCUUUGAGAUAGGACACACAAUUAUAAAUUUACUGGCAGAUUUUCGCAACUACCAGUACAUGUUGACCCAGAUAAGAGGGGUGGUAAUUCAUAUGGAGAAUAAGAAAACAGUCAUUAGUUUUCCACGUAACAGAUAUAAUGAGGUGAUGAAGGUAGUAAGGAGCAGCAAUGAACAUGUGAUGGCGCUGGGCUCAUCCUUCAGCUCUGAAGCCGACUCCCACUUAGUCUGUAUCCAGAAUGAGGAUGGCAACUACCAAACUCAAGCUAUAAACAUUCAAAAUAAACCUCGUUUAGGUAUGGCAGAAAGUUUUGAUAACCAUCUCGUCACAGGAGCAAGUUUUGUUAUAUUUAAUGGUGCUUUAAAAUCCAGUUCUGGAUUGAGAGCUAAGUCCAGUAUUGUAGAAGAUGGACUGAUGGUCCAAGUAUUGCCUGAGGCCAUGGUUAGUAUCAAAGAGGCAUUAAAGGAAAUGAAGGACUACACCAUCCUCUGUGGGCCUGUGGAGUCUAAUACACCUGAGGAAAUGGUGGAACUUAAAUGGGUAGACAACGACAGGAAUUUCAAUAUUGGUGUGAAGAGUUACAUAGAUGACACAUCACUAGAGGGUGUGGAGAGUGUCACAGUAAAGACACCUUCAGACUUCAUUGGUGAAAACCUGGCUAUCCGUUGGACUCGAGUUUAUUUCCUUCAGCAUGAGGACACCACUUCUAGUCAUUUUGAUCCGCUAGACCUAAGUCGUCUAACGGAGGACAUUGCCCAGGCUUGUUGUACAGCACUAGUCAAAGAUUUGGAUGAGCUGAAGAAAGAAGGUCAAAUCAAACUGGGACUCAGAGUCAACCUGACCAGAGAUUCAGUUGGAUAUGAAAUAGGAUCAAAAGGCCACUUGUUGCCACCUGCAAUGAUAAAUAACCUGGACACUUUCCUUGUUCCUAUUGUCCAUCAAGCAUCAGAAGAGGGGAUUGUCAUGGAGCUGGUCUUCAAUAUUGUAGAUUAGGGAGCGCCACUGGCAGACAUUGUCUGACCAAAUUUUAUUAUGUCCUUUAUUGUUAAGUUCUGUGAUCAAUAUGUCAACUGUGUGAUUUUAUUUUUCAUCUCCCCCCUUAAAUGUUUUUUGAAACAUCUUAAAGUUUGAAUUUUGGUUGAAAUUAUACAGUGUUAAUGUAUUUGAUUUUAUAGCAGCUGCACAUGAAGUGUUUUUUUCUAUACAAUUUUGAAAUAAUUAUAAAUUUGUGGCUAUUUUUUUGUCAGUAGAAAUAAGGAAGUCACCAAUAGGCAAUGAUAUACUGGUCUGUUGUUUUGCAACAAAUGUGUCUGAAAAAAUUGAACAACCUAAAUUAAAAUACUCGUUCCUGCUAUGUAAAUCAUAGAGUGGAUCACCAUAUUUGAAAUAAUACAUUAAAUAACUAGGAAUAUUUAUUUCUUUUGAAUUGCAGUAUUUCCCAAAUUCUCACCAGUAAAUAUUUUUGAAUGAAACAGAGGGAUAAUCCUUUAUUGAUGUUUGAAAAGGAAAUAUAAUUGAUAGUUAUUGGUGUGUUGGGCAAACUGGCCAGAUUUUGUUAGAAAAUUUAAAUAGCUGUGAGCUUGUGAGGUUAUUUGUUGGUACUUAACUAGAUGUCAAGAAAAUUCUUUGUUGAUUAAUAUAAUUCAGUUUGUUUAGAUGGUUGAAAGAUGUAAAAAAACAUUUCUGUCUAAAAACACCACACAUCCUUAAAAAUAUUGAAUGAGUGAUAGAAUUUUUUUUGGAAAGCUUAAGGUUAAAGUUUUUUUUUAAAUUACUUGAAUUGUCGCAGAAUAAAAUAGAUAAUCUCUAUUCCUUUGAAGAAAUGAAAAUAAAAUGUUUUAGAUUAUUUAGAUAUGCUACCUUUUUGGCCAACAUGCAGAAGAUUUUAAUAUUGCUCAGUUUUAAUAAACUGCUUAAAUAAUGUAUAGUGUUCUCUAACAAAAGAAUUAACCUGAUAAAGUAUGUCCUCGUUUUAGAUGGGCAUCUUGUUUACUUUGUAUUUUUAUUACACACUAGUGCCCUGGGAACACAAGUGUUGAUGAAAUAAAGAUGAUACCUCACAUUGUUAACUUUGUUGUUUUCCUGUGACUGUUACCAUUAGGGCAUUUGGAAUGUUGUACAAUAUAUAUAUAUAAGCAUGUUUCCAGUCUUGUACUCAUCAUGUAUUGUGACAUUUGAUUUUAUAUUUAUGUAUCUACCCAAUCCAUCGAUGGAAAUAUUGCAAUAGAUAGGUGUUUUGUGAUAGAUUGGUUCUCCUACAACACACUGUUCAAAUCCCUCAAUAUUUGAGCCAGAUUGUGUUACCUUUAGAGUAGACUAGACAAUAUAUGUAUGCACUGUUAUGGUUAGUGAUGAUCAGCCACUUGGCAUGGUUCUCAAUCAGUUGUCAGCCUCUACAUUUAAGAUUGUUAGUAUUGCCAUGGUAAUACACUGUCAUUAUUUUUAAGUCUAUGAUGGAAUAUUAAGUAUUUAAAACAUGCAAAUUUUGCUAAUAUUGCUAAGCAUUACUCAAGAGAAGUUGUGACACAGUUUUUUUUUUUUUUUAAAUUGAAUAUUUAGGGAAGAAUACAUUAACUAUUACUGUUAAAUUUAAAUAUAUACAUGGUAUGUUACUCCAUUACUCAUUAAAAAAAUCAAUUAUAAUUAUACUAUAAGGUGAUCAAGAUUUCUUAUGUAAACAAAGCUAUAUGGACGGAGGAAUGCAUUACUCAUUGUGUCUAAUAAACCAUCCAAGAUAUUACCAAUGUAAAAUUUGUUGGCUGUGUUAAAAAUUGGCUCUGGCUAUUUUGUUAACUGGGUGUUAGUGUUAACAUUUUGUUCUGGUUGCCAGGAUUUUGAUACCUUUUAAAGACUAUUUUUUGUUGUGUACAGUCACAGUAUACCUAUCUAGUUUUGUUGGACAUUUGAUGAUUAUCACUUAAGAAAUUCCCAGAAUUUGCUUUAUUUGUACAUAUGAUUAUUUAUUUUAAUUAAGCACAAGAGAAAAAAAUGUAUUGCCCACAGAA